AUGAACUUCCUUUCGAGAAUUAUGGACUGCUUGCCAGGAGCUGGGACACCAGUUCAAGGCCAGAAGCAAAGGGCUACAUUUUCUGAUCCUACUUCAGAAGGAAAACAUGGAUUCACAGACGCAACCUGUCCGAUCAAAACCAAAAGGAUUUGGCCAGUCUUUGCCUCGUCUCGAAAGCUAUGA